AUGAACACCAAUCUCUAUGAUUUUCUCUUUAUUUCACUCUUUUUCAUCACUUUUCACGAGUUAGUGGCUCUCGAAGAGUUGGAGAAAAUUCUUCGUCGAAAAAGAUGGACAAAACGAGCAUUGAUAUGGAAACUUCAACGACAAUUGAUCACUGAAGCUGAUGAGUUCAUUGUCAGAAACACUCUCCAUCGAGCAUUCAACAAUUGGGCAGCUGUCUCAUCAUUGAAUUUCAAAGAGGCAUCACCAGAAGAAAAAGCCGAUAUUGAGAUUGCCUUUGAGAAAGGCCGACACUCAGAUCCGUUUCCCUUCGACGGACCUGAUGGAAUUGUGGCACAUGCAUUUUAUCCGAGAGACGGACGACUUCACUUUGAUGCUGAUGAAGAAUGGACGCUAAAUUCACAGGAUGGAGUCAAUUUGUAUCAAACGGCCGUUCAUGAGAUUGGGCAUUUGUUGGGUUUAGAGCACUCGAGUGAUCCGCGGUCGGCAAUGUACGCGGCAAAGCGCCCAUUUGACGCUGAUUUCGGUUUGGCGGACGACGAUGUGCGCGCGAUUCGGAAGCUUUUUCCUGCACCGCCGCCAUCGUCUCCCAGUCCAUCUCCCAGUCCAUCUCCACCCGCGAAACACUCGAUUAUCAUUGUUCCAUCUAAAGCGAUCACGACUCCACUGAUCAACUCAGAGCUCGAACAUAUGAGAUUUGUCAAACAUCCGCGAGUUAUUGAUGGACGGAUUCUAUCAAAAAAACAUUAUAAACGAAAAAAGACAUCGACAUCGACCAUUUCCCCAACUACACAAGAAAACUUUCAUUAUUUUGAUUUGACAACCAGUAAACCAUUUCUAGAGAUUAAAGGA